GCAGUUACCAAGCUAGCCAUCUUUCCCGUAAAAUAAAUCUGUGAAUGCUCAAAUAGUUGGGCAUUCCAUUCACAGGUUUAUAACGGAUAUGUACAUACACGUGAUAUGUAUUGUUUAACACCUGAAAAUGUUUGCAAUAUUGCAUGAUACAUAGCCUACUAGCACGUAAUUGUUGCACAAUGUUAAUCGCCGUAGCCCGUUUCAGCAGUAUUGUUACGUUCGCCGCCGUUACCAUGGCGUUUGUGGUUACUGAGUGAGUACACCUCAGUAGACAAUUCGAUCGUGUAUUCAAGAAAGACGACAUGAUUUACUUUCCAAACAUCUGUUGCAAAAACAGCCAAUGAACAAUGACCAUAGUUGACAGAUCUUCAGAGAAGUCUGACCUUGAGUCAGCCGGGUGCAAGCGCUUCGGAUCGCUGACCUUCCCUGGCGGCGACGGGAACAGGAUGGAUGGCAGCUGCUCCAGCUGGGGUCCAGGAGGCCCUUCAUCCUCCGACACCCCCAGGCUGAAGACCGGAGGCUGCAUGGGCCCUACCCCCGGAGCUACUGUCUACAGCAACAGUUCUGCUAUCACAGCAGACAGGCCCAAGGAGCAAGUGGUGAUGACCAGUGGGGAUGGCAUCCCUUUGCCCCAGAAGGUGUUGUUCCCGGCGGAGCGGCUCAGCCUUAAAUGGAACCCGGGCUUUCGCAUUGGUUCAGGUCUCCAGAAUAUGGGCAACAGCUGCUUCCUCAACUCAGCGCUGCAGUGUCUCACCUACACCCCCCCGCUCGCCAACUACAUGCUGUCCCGGGAGCACUCCAAAACAUGUCACGAGCCUGGGUUUUGUAUGAUGUGUACCAUGCAGAAUCACAUCACACAAGUCUUUGCCAACUCGGGGAACGUGAUUAAGCCCAUUGGAGUCAUCAACGAGCUCAAACGGAUUGCAAAGCAUUUCCGCUUUGGCAGCCAAGAGGACGCCCACGAGUUCCUGCGAUACACUGUGGAUGCUAUGCAAAAGUCCUGCCUGCCUGGGAACAAAUUGGACAGGCAAACGCAGGCAACCACUUUCAUCCAUCAGGUCUUUGGAGGGUAUCUCCGAUCUAGAGUAAAAUGUUUGAACUGCAAAGCGGUCUCAGACACGUUUGACCCUUUUUUGGAUGUGGCUUUGGAAAUUAAGACGACUCCCAGUAUCACCAAGGCUCUGGAGCAGUUUGUCAAGCCUGAACAGCUGGACGGGGAGAACGCCUACAAAUGCACCAAGUGCAAGAAGAUGGUUCCAGCCUCUAAGAGAUUCACCAUCCACCGCGGCUCCAACGUGCUCACCAUCUCUCUGAAGCGUUUCGCCAACUUCAACGGCGGCAAGAUCGCCAAGGACGUGCGGUAUCCCGAGUACCUGGACCUGCGCCCCUUCAUGUCUCAGUCCCACGGGGAGCCCCAGAUCUACGUGCUGUAUGCUGUCUUGGUGCACUCGGGCUUCAGCUGUCACGCUGGACACUACUACUGCUAUGUCAAGGCUAGCAACGGCCAAUGGUAUCAGAUGAAUGACUCCUCUGUGUCGGUCAGUGACAUCAGAUCGGUUCUCAGCCAGCAGGCCUAUGUCCUCUUCUACAUCAGGUCACAUGAUCAAAAGAACGGAGGAGAACUCAACCACAUAGGUCAGCCCCAAGGAGCCCCAGGCCAGUCGUCCCCACGGCCCAUCCUCACAGCCCGGGUCAACACAGAGCCUCGACACACCAACACCAGCUUAAUUGGGCCUCAGUUACCCCCACACAUGACCAAGAACAACUUUCACAUUAAUGGGAAUGGCUCCCUAAGGGACUAUCCCACUGCCUCUAAGCCUAGCACCAGCAGUGGCAACAUGAGCAAGACCAGCCCCAGCUCGCUCUCCUCCUCCUCUCUGAACUGUCCCACAGGCAUCCCCGACCCUGCCAAGCGCCAGAAGCUCUCCUUCUUCAUCGGUCAAGGCAAACCGCUCCGCCCCGCAUCCUCCUCUACCGCCUCCUCUCUGUCACAGUCCCCCGCCUCCUCUCUGUCACAGUCCCCCGCCUCCACUCUGUCACAGUCUACCUCAGGCACAUCCGCACCCUCCGGCAGCGCAGACGGCAACGGAGCCUCGUUCCUGGUGCCAUACGGCCAGGAGUCGUCGGAGGAGUCGGACCAGGAGGGAGGCUGUGGUCUGGAGAACGGCUCGGCCAAGCCUCACGUUAACGGCAGGAAGGGAGGCACCGUCUACGGCCCUGUCCCCAGAGUACUGGCUCUGAAGACCAAUGGCAUGGUUAACGGACAGGCCACCGUGCACCAUAAUGGGAACGGACCCAAUGGCUUCACCAAACCCGGCCAGAACGGACAUCAGAACGGACACCACAAAGUCAAUGGCAUGAAGCACUCUGAGAAGGUCAACGGACAUGUUGCAUCUCCUGGACUGGGACCCAGCAUGUCUAAUGGACUGGAGUCUCACCACGGCGAAGCAAGCAAAGAUGUGUACAGCGCAACGCCUAGCAACGCCAGCACUUCAGAGAGCGUGCGUAGUGAAAGCAGUGAGAGCUGCCUCUCGCCCCCUGAAAAAAGGCCAAUAAAUCCCUCUGACCCCCUCUCGCAACAUGCACCGUCAACAACUGCCAACCCUCCAUCUUCAUUGGCCGAGGAUGGCCCUAAGUCACCUAGCGACGUCUUGAGACAAUCCAGCUCUCCAUCCGACCCUUUGCCAGUCCCACCAACCCCGCGUUCCCUCAGCACUCCAGUCUCCCCGGCCCUCGCCCCACCCUGCUCUGGUCCAGGCCUCGGAGCCCCACACAGGGGAUCUGUGGAAGACAUUGGGGAGACCCAGAACAGCCCGGCCGCAGGACUGGAUGGACGGCUGGACCAGAAGCCCAGCUCCCGGGAGGGAAGAGACCGGCUGUACUCUUUGGAUCGAGAUAAGGAAAAAGACAGGUUGCAUUCUACAGAUCGGGAAAAGGAAGCUGACCAUUUAUGUUCUUCAGACCGCGAUGGGGAUCGAGACCGGCUACACUCUUCUGACCGAGACAAAGACAGAGAAAGGGACAGGUACCACCGGGACAGGAGCCGCGAAUGGAACUGGGAACGUCACUCAAACCACUACCGCCACCGCUGGGACCACCGAGACCACCACAGAGACCACCACCGGUCGUACCGUGACCGCUCAGCCAGCUGGGACAAACACCACAGCUGGGACGGCGAGCGUCGCUGGGAGAGGUAUGCCUACCACCCGAGAGACCGGGACCAGGACCGCUGCCGUCACCACUACCACCACCACAGACCCAGAGAGGGCCGGGAGAGGGAGCGCAGGGAACACAGAGAGGAGCCUUACGCACGCUCCAAGUGGAGGGAGGAGAAGGGGGAAGGGAAGGGGGAUGGUAAAGAUAGAGGACACACCACCCUGCCAAGCCCACUGAGCUCCACCACCAAGCCCAGGCAGUCUCCCCUUCGCCCAGCCCCCUGCUCCACCAGACCAGCCCCGGAGAAACCACCUGAGCCUCUGAGAGAGGAAAGCUCUGAGGAGCGUCGGGCCAAGAAGCACAAAAAGAGUAAGAAGAAAAGGUCCAAGGACAAAGAGCGGCACAGAGAGAAUGGGCACGUGGAUUCCUCCGACAGGGCUAGCGACCACAGCAGAUCCUUCAAACACAAGAAGAAAAAGAGGAAGAGGCACGAUACUGACACAGAGGACGAGGAGACAGGUGGUGAUACCCGCUCUAACCAGAAUACAGAUGGUCCCCGUGACCUGCAGUGUGACCCCAAUGCCCCCCAAGACGGUCGCAGAGCAAGCAACAGCGAAGAGGAGAGGGCAAGCAAGAAGCGACGUUACCGGGACGAUGACAAUGGCAAUAACGUGAAACGGCAUCACUAUGAAAAUGACAAGAAAUUCUCCUUCUCUUCUCGCAAUGGAUCGCCAACAUCAGCCCCUCACAACGUGUCAUACCGCCACCUCAAUGGACACACAGCUAAUGGCUUCAGUCGACCCAAUGGAGACUCAAACGGAUAUUCUACCAAUGGACUGUUCAAUGACCCAGGCUUAUAGGUUUUCCCGGACCAACGCAAAACAAUACUUGGAAUACGGCAAAAAAAACUUACCUUUAUGGAACAAUGGAAUUUAACAGCAACAGGAAUGACAUCCCAAGUAUUUGAAAGUGGUGCUGAAUUAUUGGGAAUAUACAGUAUUUUUAUCGCAAUGUUUUAAGAUUCUACUUGAUUCUCUUUUUUUAAACACGUACAUUCUUUUUGUCUAAUUCACUUAUCAGUGGUGAACACUUCUAACUCACUGAACAUUUAUGAUAAAGAAUUAAUAUAUACUUGUAUAAACAAAAGACGAAGCCUGGAGCUUUACCAUCUCAACUGCUGCUCAGUGGAAGACUCAGGACUUUGUUAAAACAAGACUUAAUUCCUCCUCUGGGACUGAACUACUUGGUUUAAUAAUCUUAUAAGAACAGAGGAAGAAAAAUAAGGAAAAUAACUUUUUGUUGUCUAGAUGAUGACCGGUUUGAUAUGAUGUCAGUUGGCUUCGAGUUUGUCCCCAUUAUCCACAUCUGUAUAACUGGUGAUGUGUAAACUGGUUUCCACCCUGCUGAAACUGCUGCUGGAGUACUGUCUUAAAGAUAGGACAGGCCUAGGCCUAAUGUGGCUGUUCUGUGUGGACUUAACACCACCACACCCACCCUAAACGGACUAAAGUAUAUUUCCAGCUUGUUACCUCGGAUAACUCUUGUUUUUCCUGAAGCCUAAGAUGGGUCGGUCUCAACCCUCUACUGGAAAAGAUCCCUCGCUGUCUCAGCAUCUUGUUUUUUCCUCACUCACUGAAGCAUUCUUUUACUUUUAUUAUUACUCAUUAUUCAAGCAGAAAAUAAUCAUGUCAUCACUUAUUGCUGUGGACCUUUUUUGUUUUAGCAUUUUAAAAAUUCAGUUUGUUUUUUCUAGUGUCCAUAAGAAAGAAUACUGUGAAUUUUCAUUUUGAACUGUACUAUCAGUUAAUUUCUUUUAUACGGAAAAAAAAAUGUCCUGUAUCAGGAAUACCAAUAGAUAAUUGAAUUUUUUGUUUUAGAUAAUUUUCACAACAUAUUUAGACCGUGUUCUAUGGACAUAAGUUAAAUAGGUAUGAUGGUUUGCCUUUGGUCUGUUCAGUUGGCUUUUUAUUCUACCUAAAAAGACCAAAAAUAUAAAUGGUUAUAUUAAUACCUUUUUAGUUCUACAAUAGCAUGUCAAAUUUAUACGUUGUACAAGGUAUAUAAAAAGCCUUAAAUACAUUUGGUUAAUGUCAGAAAUUGUAAAUCUUCUCUUUUACACGCUUUGUUGGCGUGAAUGCUGUUGAUUUGAUUGGGCAUUUACACACAUGGGAAAAGUGUCUGCCUUUUAUAUCGGAUGGAUGGAGUCACUUGUAAAAUAUUUUGGAUAUGAGUGAUUUGUGGAUUGACUGCUCAUUGCUUAAUUGAGUUAACUUGGAAGGUCAGAAAAUGUUGGAACACUGUGGAUUCAGGGUUAACAGGAUCACAAUUCAUAUUGCUUACAGGUUAGUGUUCAAAACAAGACCUGUAUCCACAUACAUUAAGACACGGUUUAAGCUAUAACCUAAUGUGAUUGACUGUCAGACUGGUCAGUUUACAAACACACCACACCAUCACUUUUUUAAAUCAUUUUUUUCCAAAAUCAAAUGUCCAAGGCUCUUGUGAUUAUUAUUUUUUUGAUUCUCUUGACCUUUUACACAUGGAGUUUUAGUAUCUAUCAGCCUGAGAAGGGGUAUUGUAGAUCCAUACCUGUGAGUUGUUUCACUGUCCCAUGUAAAAUCUGGCUUUGCUCAUACACUUUAUUGUCCGUUCAUUUUCGAAAUAUAACAAUUAUCCUCUGUUAGGA